AGCAGACCUGCAGAAUCGACCCACAGUCAUGGCUCUCUACAGGUUGAUCUGUGCCGCGGCUCUGCUCUCCCUCCUGACUCAAGAGUCUCAUUCACAACUAAAUGUGUGCGGUAAGCCCGCGCUCAACACCAGGAUCGUUGGAGGACAGGUGGCCCCUGAGGGCAGCUGGCCCUGGCAGGCCAGCCUGCAUCGAUUUGGGAAUCAGUUCUGUGGAGGGUCCCUCAUUAACAGUGAAUGGGUGCUGACUGCGGCUCACUGCUUCCAAAGUCCCGGCACAGCCAACCUGAUUGUGUAUCUGGGUCGCCAAAAUCUAGAAGGUGUCAACCCUAACGAGGUGUCGAGGACGGUUACACGGAUCAUCAAUCACCCUAACUACAACUCUGGGACGAUCGACAACGACAUCUGCCUCCUGAAGCUCUCCUCUCCGGUCCCCUUCACCAACUACAUCGCUCCCGUGUGCCUGGCAGCCUCGGACAGCACCUUCUUCAGCGGCACCGACUCCUGGGUCACCGGCUGGGGGGACGUCGCAUCUCAAACUCGUCUUCCAUCCCCAAAAAGCCUCAUGGAGGUGGAGGUGCCCAUCGUGGGGAACAGGCAGUGCAAAUGUGACUAUGGAGUGAAUAGAAUCACAGACAACAUGAUCUGCGCCGGGCUCCGGGCCGGAGGGAAGGACUCCUGUCAGGGGGACUCAGGCGGUCCGCUGGUGAGCAAGCAGGGCGGCCGCUGGAUCCAGGACGGAGUCGUGAGUUUUGGGAACGGUUGCGCCGCACCUAAUUUCCCAGGAGUCUACUCCAGAGUUUCCCGGUAUCAGGCCUGGAUCAACAGCCUAAUCACCAGCAACCAGCCGGGCUUCGUCACCUUCACGUCCACAGGGACUGACAGCGACCUCAGCGUGUCCUGUCGCGGCCUGCCCCCCCUUCCAACCUCCGCCCCUACACCCCCACCAAAGGUCACUCCACAGCCGUCAAACUCUGGAACAACCACAACUCAACCUCCACCCACUGCAAAGGUCACUCCACAGCCGUCAAACUCUGGAAAAACCACAACUCAACCUCCACCCACUGCUGUGUUCUGUGGCAAAGCCCCGAGGAAUUCACGUAUUGUGGGAGGAAGCUCGGUGGCGACGGCCGGCGAGUGGCCCUGGAUGGUGAGUCUGCAGAAGAACGGGAGUCAUGUGUGUGGCGGGACUCUGGUGGCCGAGGACGCCAUCUUGAGCAACGCUGAAUGCUUCACAAGUUCCCCCUCAGCGUCUGAUUGGACCGUUGUGUUGGGUCGGCUGAAACAGAACGGGUUCAACCCCUUUGAGGUGAAAAUGAACGUGUCAAACAUCACUCUGAGCAUGAUGACGGGGUCUAAUGUAGCCAUGCUGCACCUGCACACCAAGCCCACCCUGUCCGACUACAUCCAGCCCAUCUGCAUGGACAAUGGACGGACCUUUUCCGUGGGAACGUCCUGCUGGGUUGCUGGUUGGAGCUCUGCGAAAGGAGGAGAAGAACAAGUCCUGCAGGAGUUUAAGACCUCUGUGGAAAAUUGUGGGAACGCGUCGUCGAGUGACAUUUUAUGUACCGGCACUUUUACACUGGAUCCAACUGACUCUGGCGGUCCGAUGAUGUGUAAGCAGGACGGCUCCUGGUUCCAGGCGGUGGUGCUCUCAGCUGAAAGCACAGCCAAUAAGACCAGAACAAAAGCAGCAGUGAAGAAACAUACAAGACUCAGCCGCUUCGAGAACUUCCUGGAAGUAAAUGUGGGUUUCUUAUCUUCAGACACCACCAACUCCACCGCUGCCCCCACCCCCACGCUGCCCACCAACAGCGGGGGGAGCCCUGUUCUCUCCCCCCUCUUCUUCCUCCUCCAUCUCCUCAUCUUCUCCACCUGUCUCCGACUCUUUUUGUAGAAAGCUCAAACUUUGUAAAUUGUGAUUUACAUGAUGUGGCGAUCACAAAUGAAUGUAAUCUUUAUUAACAAAUGUCUUAAUUUAAGAGAAGAUUUAGCUCAAAGCUGCAUCUAUGACUUAAUUUUGUGAGCACUUGGCGUAGAGAGGUAGUUAAAUCCGACAUCCGGGGGGAAAUAACAACUUAAGGAGCUGCAAUAAGCACAGCAAUGCAAAAAUAAAUCCUAUCAGAGAGGCUAAUUUCUGUUUAAACAAUCCUUAUUCAACUGCAGGGUACAUGUUGCAGAAACCUCCUAUUUUAAGGAAGGAAAGGAAGAGUUAAACACUGUGUCCACACAGCGUCUCUUUCUGAGCGCCUUUUUUCAUUUAUGUCUGCUCUAGAAACCAACACUACUUUUCACACUGAGCUAAACCUUUGAACCGUUGUUUUUCUUAUUGAAACACAAAAAUAAUGACGUCACGUUAAGACAAUUAGAGGAGUUAGAAGUGUUGACGACAUCUGUAGAGAAAUCUAAAGAUGUUAUUUGGGAAAAUGAAGAAUAACUCCAAAGCAGGAGAUAGAAGAAGGUUAGCGGGCUAACAUACUAGUUAGCAUUUUGUAUGUUUUGUUGAGCAUAAAGAGAGCGGCCAUACAGGUUAAAAAACGCUUGCUAAAUCCACUUCGUAGAAUAGGGAGAGUGAGAACAGUUUAUGCCUAGGGGUUUAAAUCAGUUUCAACUUCAUCUCUCUUACUUAUACAUUAAAAACAUUAUUAGCU